AUAAAUCAGAUAAAUAUGAUACUAGAGAUGUGGAAAGACUGCAGCAAGAUGAUAAAUGGGUUGAAAAUUAUCUGAUCUGGAGGCACGAUGUUGUGGACGACACAUUGAAGAUGAUUGAUGAAAGCUUUCAAUGGAGGAAAGAAUACACAGUUAAUGACUUGACAGAAUCUGCCCUUCCAAAAUGGUUAUUUGAAAGUGGUGCUAUCUUUCUACAUGGUUAUGAUAAGGAGGGCUAUAAAUUAUUUUGGUUUAGAGUGAAACUUCAUGUAAGAGAUGCUAAACAACAACUUGAGAAAAAGAAACUGGUAGCCUUUUGGUUAGAACAUUAUGCCAAGAGAGAUCAUGGAAAGCCUUUAACAGUCGUGUUCGACAUGUCUGAAACAGGAAUCAGUCACAUAGACUUAGACUUUGUUCGGUUUAUUGUCAACUGCUUUACUGAUUAUUAUCCAAAUUUCCUCACAAAGAUAGUGAUCUUUGAAAUGCCAUGGAUAAUGAAUGCUGCCUUUAAAAUUGUAAAGGGUUGGCUUGGCCCAGAUGCAAUAAGCAUGUUAAAGUUCACAAACAAGAAUGAAGUUCAGGACUACAUCAGUGGAGAGUAUUUGCCGCCUCACAUGGGUGGAACUGAUUCUUUCAAGUAUAGUUAUCCUCCAUUGGUUGAUGAUGAUUUUCAAACUCCUUUAUGUGAAAAUGGGCCUAUUACUAGUGAAGAUGAGCAUGAAAGUAAGGAAGAGAUAGAUGCAGACACCAAGGAGGCUGGGGAUCCCAAUGAAGAACAAAACCUUAAUCCGAAAAAGAUGAAUUCUAUAGAACAAAUUCACAAAUCAGAGGAACAAACUGACAAAACAGAUUUCAAACCAAAAAAUGCAAAGAAAGCACUAACCACUUUUAAAGGACCUUUAUUGCAUAUCAGCCCAGCUGAAGAGCUGUAUUUUGGAUCCAAAGAAACUGGAGAGAGAAAAUGUUUGAUAGUACUGACAAACGUUACUAAAAACAUAGUGGCUUUCAAGGUGAGAACUACUGCUCCUGAAAAAUACAGAGUUAAACCCAGUAACAGCAGCUGUGAACCUGGGGCAUCAUUAGACAUAAUAGUAUCUCUUCAUGGUGGUUUUGCAGCUUCCCUGCAGGAUCGUUUCCUCAUAAUGGCAGCAGAAAUGGACCAGGGUUCUGGAGCAGGUGCACCAGAGCUGACGCAGUUUUGGAAGGAGGUCCCUAGGACCAAAGUGAUGGAACAUAGGCUCAGGUGCCAUGUUUUAGAAAGUAGUAAGCCUUCUACUCUGACAUUAAAAGAAAAUGCAUUUAAUGCUCCUGCAAAAACCAAUGAAGAUCUACAUUUACAGCUAACUCGUCUACUGCAAAUUAAUAGAAGACUUCAAGAGCAGAUUGAUCGCUGCCUGUGGUUCCAGCAGCUGUUAGUGGUUUUGUCAUUACUGUCAGUUUCUACUGCUGCCUUCUGCUUCUACCUGGUGUACACCCAGAGAAGCUAAAAAGCGUCGCUUCGCGCUGGACACGCUGCCUAUCGCGGUCGGUCUGAACUGAAAAAGGUGCUGCUCUCAGAUUCCAUAACUGCCAAAAAGAGACUGGUGAGCCCAAACGAUG